CUGGAUACAGCCAGAACUAUGACCUCGUCCUACAACGCCGUUAACAAGGCCUAGCGGGAUUUCUCAAUUCGUACAAUCUUUGGCGAGAUCUUUAUCGCAGGACGCUUGCUGAGAAAAAAAACCACACUUUGCAUACUUUCAUCAUUAACCGCAGUGUUUUCGAACGACCGAUAUGUCAGUUCAGCCGCCUGCUGACAUAUCUGAUUGGGAAAUUCUCCCAACAGCUGGGAAGAAAUUGAUGUGUGCGAUCAGUGAAGAAGAUAAACACGAUGAAGAGGGCUCGAUUUGCCUGGUUUAUGAAGAUAUUCAAAGCAUGCCCAAUGAAGAGAGCACGACCCGCUCUAUUAGUCAAGAUCAAAAAGUCGAUCUCCCUAUCUGUUCGAUCGUUGUCCAAAAUAGUAGCAAUAAUAUCAAGAAUGAGGCACUGCUUUCCGAUGAAAAUCAGGCUCCAAAUCACAAAUCGUGCAAGGCAUCGCUGUCGCCAGCAGAGAGGUCUUCCCUGGGACUUGCUCUAUUAUGUGCUAUCAAGGAUGGAAAUGAGAUGCACGCGAUUGAUAUGCUUGAAAGAGGAGCAGAUCCAAAUGUGAGAGAUGACUAUGGAUUUGCGCUCACACAGGCUAUUCGAGGCGGACAUUGGAAUCUUGUGAGGAAGAUGCUGGAAAAGAAAGCCAACCUAGACGUGAGAGACAACUAUGGAUACGCACUCACACAACUUAUAAGAAAAGGCCACGAAACGUUGGGGAUUGACAUGGUUGAACGAGGAGCCAAUCCAAACGUGGAAGAUAACUAUGGAUG